CCCCAACAAAAAAAAUUUGGAAAGAUGCACUUGUACUAUCUCCCCAUCGCGGUGGUAUUGUACAUGGCGACAUUCCACUUUUGGCGAAAAUUGCAAAAAAGGCCUCCUACACCCUUUUUGUGUUUACCAGUGAUUGGCCAUUUUUGGCUGGUAACAUUCCCAUUAGCCGAGUGCUUAGCCAAGCUAGCAGAACGAUACGGCCCUAUUGUUUAUCUAGAGUUCGGGUGGACGCGCAGUCUGGCUGUCUGCUCCGCCUCCGCUGUAGAGGAAUGCCUCAGUAAAAAUGACGUUGCCUUUUGCAACCGCCCACACCGCAUUCUAAUCGGUAAGUACGCAGGCAACAACUUUACUAGUAUCAAUUUUGCACCUUACGGCCCCCACUGGCGGAACUUACGCAGGAUCGCCGCGGUUGAGCUUCUCUCAUCUCACCGCCUUCAGUCUCUUUCCGGCAUCCAUAUACGGGCCGAUGAAGUCCGUUUGCUUGUGCAACGACUCUACAGUAAAGUCAUCGCAGGGUCAGAUACAGAAUCAAAAUCAAAGGUAGUUGACAUGAGGCCUGAGUUAUUUGACAUGGCCAUGAGCGUGAUGACUAGAUUGAUAUUUGGGAAGAGGUACCAAGGGUUGCAAGCUAACAGUGCUAAGAAGCUAGAGAAGAUGGUCGAAACCUUUUUUGGGUUUGCUAACGUGGUUCAUUUUGGAGAUUUUAUCCCGUAUCUCAGGUGGUUAGACUGGGGGAAAGAGAGGAGGUUACAAAAGUUCAAACAAGAUAGAGACGCACUUAUGAGAGAUUUGAUUGAAGAGUACAUAAUGGAGAUGAAGGUAAAAGACUGCCAUAGUGAAAACAAUGAUGACUCAACGGUAAAAGUCAAGCCCAUGCUUCAAGUGCUGUUGGAGCUGCAACAAUCCCAGCCGGAGUAUUACAAAGAUGAGAUCAUCUUCAGCAUCUUGUUGGAUCUCUUAGUAGGAGGAUCAGACUCGUCAGCCACAACAAUAGAAUGGGCAUUCUCACUCUUACUUAACCAUCCAGAAGUUCUAAAAAAGGCGCAUACAGAAAUUGAAAACCAUGUAGGACAUGAUAGAUUGCUUGCAGAAUCCGAUCUUAAGAGCCUUCCUUAUGUUCAAUGCAUCAUCAAAGAAACACUCCGAAUGUACCCACCUAAUCCAACUCUUUUCCCUCAUGAAUCUUCAAAGGAUUGCAUCGUCGGAGGGUACCUUAUUCCACAGGGCACGUCACUUGAUGUCAACAUCUGGGCAAUACAAAAUGACCCUAAUAUUUGGGGUGAUCCCCAAAAUUUUCGGCCAGAAAGAUUUGAUGGCGUAGAAGGCUAUCGUAUUGGGUUCAAAAUGAUGCCAUUUGGUUCAGGAAGAAGGAUAUGUCCUGGAGAAGGCUUGGCAAUUCGUGUUCUUAGCCUUGCUAUAGGCUCUCUAAUCCAGUGUUUUGAGUGGGAGAGGAUCGAUGAUCAACUCGUGGAUAUGAACAAAGUGCCUGACCUUUUCAUGCACAAGAUUGUUCCACUUCAAGCAAGGGUUGCACCUCGUCACGGCGCUAUCACCAAAUUACUUACCAAAAUAUGACUGUACAUGACGUGAACGCCUUCCCCACCUUCAAAAUGAUGGGAUCUGAAAUUUGAGUCAAUAUGUUUGACUUUGUUUCUUUGCUCUCCUCUCUUGUAUUUUCAUAAACAAACAUGAGUUAAGAGUUUGUACUAGCUCUGUUUUAUUUCUAAUGAUUAAACUUGUUUUUCCA